AUGGAGAGUUGUAAGAUGACCAUGAUCCUCACCAUCUACGUCAUUCUUCUUCUGGCUUUUACUACUUUUGGAACCUCAGUUGCGCUUCAAGAUUUGGGGGGAAUAGCACCAUCGCCAAUGGAAAGUGCUGGAGUGACUCUGGCUGUUCCAGCUGCACUUGCUGUCAUAGCCUCUUUGGAAGUUGCUUGCUUCAAUUCUGCUACUGCUUUAGCGUAA